CCUGCGCUGCCGUUUUGGCAACACAAACCCAUGGCAGCCAACGCCGUCCAGGUUCAACGAACGCCGUCUCCCAUCCGGUCCACGUACACCGCCCCUCGGUGGGCCCCACAUGCAGUGAGACAGCCUACGGUGGACCGUGCCUGCCAUGGACCUCCCCUUCUCCUCUAUAAAACUUCGCCUCGCCCUGCUUCCUCCGAGAGCCGCCAUUUCUUCUUCGCAGUGGAGCACGGGAGGAGGAAGAAGAAGAAGGAUUGUUUGUUCGCUGUCAGAUCGGUUCUUGACGGGAUGGGUGAGGCGUCGCCGGCCAUCGCCAAGGAUGUCACCGAGCUGAUUGGGAACACGCCAUUGGUGUACCUCAACCGCGUGACUGAAGGAUGCGUGGGGCGCGUCGCCGCCAAGCUCGAGUCCAUGGAACCCUGCUCCAGCGUCAAGGACAGGAUUGGAUACAGUAUGAUCACUGAUGCAGAGGAGAAGGGGCUGAUAAUUCCAGGAAAGAGUGUGUUGAUUGAGCCAACUAGUGGCAACACAGGCAUUGGACUGGCCUUCAUGGCUGCUGCAAAGGGUUACAGACUUGUACUCACGAUGCCAGCCUCCAUGAGCAUGGAGAGGAGAAUCAUAUUGAAGGCUUUUGGUGCUGAACUGAUUCUUACUGACCCACUCUUAGGAAUGAAAGGAGCUGUCCAAAAGGCAGAAGAACUGGCAGCAAAGACUCCCAACUCAUUUAUCCUCCAACAAUUUGAAAACCCUGCUAACCCAAAGAUCCAUUACGAGACCACAGGGCCUGAAAUAUGGAAAAACACAGGAGGUAAAAUUGAUGGUUUUGUUUCUGGUAUUGGGACAGGUGGUACUAUAACUGGAGCUGGACGAUACCUCAGAGAGCAAAAUCCUAAUAUCAAGAUCUAUGGUGUGGAGCCAGUCGAGAGUGCUGUCCUAUCUGGUGGAAAGCCUGGGCCACACAAGAUUCAAGGAAUUGGAGCUGGUUUUAUUCCUGGGGUCCUGGAUGUCGACCUCAUUGAUGAAACUGUACAAGUUUCAAGUGAUGAAGCUAUCGAGAUCGCAAAGGCUCUUGCGCUGAAAGAAGGAUUGCUGGUUGGAAUAUCUUCAGGUGCAGCUGCUGCGGCAGCUGUUAGGCUUGCUAGCAGGCCGGAAAACGCAGGAAAACUUUUUGUUGUUGUCUUCCCAAGCUUCGGUGAGCGGUACCUUUCAUCGGUGCUCUUCCAGACCAUCAAGAAGGAAGCUGAAAACAUGGUGGUCGAGCCCUGAAACGCACAAUAAUCUCUGGGAGUCCACAGGAAUAAAAGCUUGGUAUCUCUGCUCGUGUUACUGAACAUACCCUGGUCUGCCAUUUUCAACUCGUUGUGCUUGUAGCAAAUGGAGAACAUACAGUUUGUUAGCUUUGUGCCAUGUGGUGUUAACAAUUUGCAUUUAUCUGCCCUGUACAUUGAACCAUUUUUACUUUGCAUUUACCAGCCAGUGUGAAUGAAAUAAAGCAUCAUGAUAUGUUUUGGGAUC